CACCGCUUUAUCUCAGAGAUAACAGUGUCACAACAGGUGAUAACAGAUUAGCUCGCCACUCCUAGCCUCGACAGCUCACCCGCUCACCUGUUCUCGCGUGUGUUCUACCAAAAUGGGGCUCUUCCUCAAGUUUGCCAAGUUGGUUUUCUUCGCACUCUUUGUUGUGACGCUGUUCUCGGAUGAAGCAGAAGCCAGAAGAAAAAUUCUCAAGGGCAGGAAAACCAUCACCAGGGAAUAUUACAAACCGUCUUUUCUACCCUCCUGGGCAAAUGUCUUGCUGAUGGGCAUAGGCUUCCUCAUCGUCGGCAUUAUCUUGUACAUCGCACUCGCCAAGUUCAUCCUAGGAUCCACGACAGGAAUAUUCCUUAUGGAGAACGAAGUUUGAGCAGUCAGAUGGAAAAUUAACAGACAAUUUUGAGGUGCUUAUUGUAGUUUUUGUCUGAUUCUAAAGUUGUUACGUCUGAAUCUGGAGAAACAAACAGCAUACAGAAGAAUGGAUUUGAAAGUAUUGUUUGUCCAGUUAUAAGAGUUACUAACGAUAAUCACCAAAUAGCUGCUAGAUAUUAUUUUUGAAAUUCCAAUGUUUCCUGACAUAUUUAUCUUAUAAAAAAAAUAUUAAAAACAAAGUAAAUUAAAUUAAUAAUUUUAUUUUAUAUAAGUUUCACUUCUCUUUCUCUAUUAAGAAUAAAUUAUAUCAACAUUAAAUAAGUUCCAAUAUGAUACAGUAUAGCAUUAGUAAAAUAAAAAGUACAAAAAAUGUAUUAGAUAAUUAUUGCCGAUCAACCUAAGUGUUCUUAAAAACAUUUAAACAUUGUUAGACAGUAAGUUAUAGUAUAUAAGCCUAGUUUAACAUAGUCAAUGACAAAGUUCACUUCUCGUUACUUUUGUAAUAAAAAGUUUCAAACUGA